UUCGCCGGAGAGGCCAAUAAGCUACUUGCGGCAGAGAUGCGGUGAGACGGGCGGGCAGUCAGGCAGGCGGGCAGCAGCAGCAGCAGCAGCAGCGGCGGCAGCGGCGGCGGCAUCUCUCACCGGCAGCAAGCAGCUCUAGUGUGUGUCCGCGUGCGUGCGCGCACGUGUAUUUAUUUCUACGUGUUUCGCCGCGAACGAUACAUCGUCAGCGUCGUCGUCAGCGUCAUCGUCGUCGCAGACGUCAGGUAACCCCAGGUACCUCGCAGAGGAUGUCGGCCCGGUCGCCGUUCGAGCAAAUCGGUGAUCUGUGACGUCACACCAAGGUCGGCAUGACGUCAAAGACGCUGUCGCGUCGCUGCGCCGAGCCAGGCGUCGGUUUUCGCGUCGCCGCAUUGAUAGGCAAAGAUGCGAGUGCCACCGACCCAAAGAUGGUGGUCGCCAAGGACUCCAAUAUGGCGAUCAUCAGCGUCGACCCCAAGAUAGCGGCCACCAAAGAACGCAAGAUGGCGGCGACCGACAAGUCGUUGGCGAGACGCUCGCGAACGACGUCUAGAAACGCGCAUGCGCAGACGCUCCCGCUCACGACCGCCGUCGGCCACCGAGAGAUCAAAGUGGAACCGCCCAGCAGCUCCGCCAAGGAAGACAAAUCAACAUGGCCACCACAACCGCGGCGAUUCUGGUGCGUUGCCGACGACCGGAAGCCGAGCGACGACAGCGCCGGAACAGCGGCAGGAACGUCGCCAACGACGUCGGACGGCGACGGAUUCCAUGCGUCGGCGACGACGGAUCAACAGACGUCGCCGCGGCGAAACAAACGCAAGUCGUCCGACCCGCGUAAGCUGCCAGUAAAACGAGUCCGCGACGCCGCCGCCGCCGCCGGCGACGACGACGACGACGAUGAUGACGAUGCCGACGACGACGCGAAGAUGACGUCGUCGUCCGUCGGCGGUCGGCCGUACCACGCGUCGCAAUGUCGACUGCAUUCGUCAAGUCACAGCGAGACCGACAGUGACUACGGCGGCCGCAGCAGCAGCGGCCGCAGCUGCGAAGGGAGCGUGGGCGUGCCGCCGCCAGAAGUAAUCCGAAUACCGACGGUGCCGAAAUCGAGGCUGCUGAUGCAGCAAGACGACGUCGGUACGAACUGCGUCGUCGUCGGACUACACACGUCGGCAAAUUCCAGUCGCGCGCCGACGACGACGACGACGACGACGACGGCGACGUUGCUGCCGACGUCCGUUAGACUUCCAGAGCCGACAGCCGACAAGAAACGGGGGAAGCACGUCGCCACGUACGCCUCCAGCCGACGGCGGGCUCCGAGCGACGACGACGACGACGACGAUGACAACCCUGCCGACGACCACUUCCUUCACGCUAGCGACGACGACGACGACGACGACGACGAUGACGACGACGACGACGACGACGACGACGACGAAACGGAGAACCGUCGGCAACAUCGACGCCAUCACCAUCAGCAACAGCGGCCGAAGCAGCGGAACUAUAAGAACAUGAGUAGAGACAGACGCGUGGAAGCUAACGCGCGCGAACGCUCCCGCGUGCAUACGAUAUCGGCUGCCUUCGAGUCGCUCCGGCGCGCAGUUCCCUCUUUCUCCUACAACCAAAAACUAUCGAAGCUCGCCAUCCUGCGUAUAGCUGCCUGCUACAUCAUGGCGCUCUCCAAGCUUUCUGACCUCGAGAGGAGGUGGGUGGUCCGCGGCAGGCAGGAGAGGGAGGAGGAGGACAGGAGCGAGGUGUAG